AAGAUUUCUGAUUCCCGAGCGGCACGCAAACAGUUCAGCAAAAUGUAAAUCACGUAAAUCGAAGGGGAAAAUAAGUGCGUUGGAGAAAAAAAUAGUGAUUAGAAUCAAUACGCGGAAAUUGAGAGUAUGAGAUUGCACUAAUUGAUGAUAAAUUGUAGCGAGGUUAGCGAGAUAAUUGCGUGUCAGCGUGCCUCGCGAACCACGAGGAAAGUUGGUGCGUAUUUGAGAUUUCUAGAAAAAACUUGGUCAUCGCAGUUGUGGCAACAACCAUCAUUCUAAAGGUGAGAAAGCCGGUAAGCGUGAAUAUGUUGUGUUUUCGUCCUGAAAUGACUGUCUUGGAAAAUUAGUUUUGGAAUUUUCGGCGAAUUUCGAACAAAGAGGUCAGGAAAAUGGCGCAAAAAGGGCCCCCGAUUCUCGUAACAAACGUGGUUGGCGACGGUCCGCGAUUAAAAAUCUGGGGUGUCGUGGACAAGCAAAAUUUGGCCUACAUCGAGAAGAUUAUCAACGUGCUGAGCAAGAAAUUUGUGCAGCAGGGUGUUCCUGAUGCACAAAAUCCCGUUCCGAAUACAAUCUGUUGCGUGAAAUAUCGAGGAUCUUAUGCUCGUGCGAAAGUCUGCUCGGUGCAGCCGAAUGGGGUGGUUGUUCAAUUAAUUGACAGCGGAAUCGUCGAUAUCCUGCCGAAGGAAGUAUUCCGAUUUAUCCAUCCAAAUUCUAAUGAAGAGUCAAUGCUGCUCUCAGCACCCCCGCUUGCAGCGGAGUUUACUUUAGCGAACAUUGUAUCUAUUAAUGAGAAAUGGGAAAGCAGAUGCAUUGAAACUAUUCUAAGUUUUAUAAAAGACAAAGAGUUGGAAGUCUCUCAUUAUGACAUUCAUAAUAAUCGGUAUUUCGUCAAGCUGGUGUAUGGCGAAACUGAUAUUGGCAAUAUGCUUGUCAACAAAAGGAUGGCAGUCAUGGCGACGUUAGAGGAUAUGUUCAACUCCAAAAUGUAUUCGCAACAGCCGCCCUACAAGGCACCUGUUGGUUCACUUGAACAGCAGCCACCUGCCGGAGAAAUCACGACUAAUGGAUACUCAAAUUCUCAACGUGCCUACAAUACUCCCCAUGUGGCUCCAAUUCCCGUGCAGCCAAUAAUGGGUGUAGAUAACAACUGGCGUUUCAAUAAUCAACCGAUGGCUUUUGCGUAUCAGCAGAAUCUUCCUCAACAGGGCUUUCCUCAGCAGGGUCUUCCUCAACAAGUGUUGCCUCAACAGAGCUUUCCUCAGCAAAAUUUUCCACCGCAGAAUAUUUUGCAGCGAAACGUCACUCAGCGACUCGAGGACGAGGAAGAAUCGAAUCUUCUCGAAUUCAGGGGACGUCUUCUAGAAGUUGGCCAAACCUAUCGUGUUCUGGUUUCCUACGUUGACGAUGGACCAAACAAGUUUUCUGUUCAAAUCGAGUCGAUGAAGGGCAUCUUGAUGGACUUGAUGUCAAAUAUCCAGGCUCAUGAGACGAAACCCUUGCGAGAGCCACCUCUACCCGGAUCCGUAUGUCUGGCUCGUCUCAGAACUAACAAGUGCAUCUGCCGAGCGGUCGUGAUGGCUACGAUGGAGACGCAGCUUAAAAUCUACUAUGUCGAUUUCGGACACACCGAUACUGUGCCUUACUCGGACAUUUAUCAGUUGCCGCCGAAAUUCAUCAAUCCGCGAGUGCUCUCGGUCCGAUUUUGCUUGAGCGGUCUCAAGGAGAUGAACAUCACCGAGGAGGCGAAGAAGUACUUCAAGGACUUGAUUCAGGGAAAGGAUGUCGAACUUCACGUCUGCGAGCCGGAAGGACCAUUCCUCAUCCAGUAUGGCGAUCUCUACUUCAACAGCAAGAACAUCAAGGACUAUUUGAUCGACAGAUUCCCGGACAUUGCAAAAGUUGAGUAUGGCCAUCUGCCUCCUCUGACUGAUGGCACUAAAGAGACGGUUCAUGUCUCUUAUGUGGCCUCUUGCUCGAGAUUCUUUGUCCAGCUGGAAAAGAACAUGAAGGAUAUCGAGGAGAUGAUGAGUCUAAUUUGUGAGUAUGCGGCUGAUGCGCCACCUAUGACCAAGUUGGCUGUUGGCUCGAUUUGUAUUGCUCCCUACGAUGUGGACAAUCAGUGGUAUCGCGUGAAAAUUGUCAAAAUUCAGGAUGACAAAGUGAGUGUCCUCUAUGUGGAUUAUGGAAACGAGGAGACUGUUUCGAGGAAUCAGCUUCGUGACAUUCGGCGGGAUUUGGUGGCGAAGAUGCCCUGUCAAGCUGUACUCUGCGCACUGAAUGGAUUCGCCAAUAGACCCUCGAACAAGAAACUGGACACGGAGUUUGAGAACUUGGUGUUUGAGAAGAGGCUCUCGAUGCAGGUGAUGAAUGCCCAGCCGGGCGGAUUGGUCGUGGAUCUUUUUGACAUCAUGACGACGCCUGCGAAGUGCAUUCACACGCAGCUGAUUAAAAUGUCGUUGGACAUUGGCAUGAACUUACACAAUGACAGCAACAUUAGCACUAAGUCCAAUGAGUCGUACAAGACUUUGGGAGAAAGGAGACAAAGCGACGAGAUGGACGGACACGGUUCAAAUCCAUUCAGAACGGCUAAUAACGACAGGUUCAAUUCUAAAUCGUGGAAGGACGAUCACAACGAACAGAGACACGACAAUCGAUAUCAGCGACGCGAUGACAAUGACCGAUUCCCCAGGGACGGUGGAAAUAAUCCCUUUAAUCGAGAUGGCGGAAAUAAUCCGUUUAAUCGAGAUGGAGGAAGCAAAUCCUUCAAUCGUGACGGAGGAAAUUCUUUUAAUCGCGAUGGAGGAUUUGGUAAUGAUCAUCGAUUCAACCGAAAUGGUGGAAAUGAUCGUUUCAAUCGUGACACUGGAAACAACCGAUUUGGCCGAGAAGGGGGAAACGACCGAAAUAAUUUCCGGGAUGGAGGAGGCCGAUUCAAUAACAGGGAUGACCGAAGCGGUGGAGGUAGAUUUGGUCCAAAUAAACAGGGCUUCAAUCCUGAUAAAUGUGCGGCAAGUGACAGUGAAUCAACGUCUUCUAGAGGAAGUGGCAAGCGAGGAGACCGAGGUGACUUUCAGGAUAGAAGAGGCAGCAGUAAUAGGCCCAACUUUAACAAAUUCGGAAACGACAAUGAUGGAUUCAAGCCUAGGCGAAAUGAUGAAAAUAGCGGUAACACCUUCAAACCCCGAUCAGCUCGAGAUGAUAGUUUUGGCAAACCGAAAGAAAUCGUCAACUUUGACACCUGCAGCGACAUCUCUGAACCGAAAAAAUGGACCCUGCCCCAGCCGGCCGUGUCCAUUGGUGGCACCAACAAUUGCGAACUCAUCUUCCUCACGAGUCCAUCCAACUUUUACAUUCAUCAAGUGCCACAAAACGCAAUCCUGGACGAACUGAUGGAGGGAAUUGCGUCUGCAUACGAGAAAGGAGGCACGAUUUUGCCAGCGUCGCGGGUGAAACCCGACCUUGCCUGCAUUGCUCAAUUCGCCGACGACGAGAGGUGGUACCGAGCCAUCAUCAAGAGGGUCGAGGGUGAUUCCAGGGCGGUUGUUUUCUUUGUCGACUAUGGAAACGUGGAGACUGUCGGCUUCGACAAAUUGAAGGAAAUCAAGGAGGAGUAUACCUAUCUGCCAAUUCAAGCCGUGCAUUGCAAAUUGUUCGGCCCGAGAAAGACCGACUGGACUCCUGGAGAAAUUGACGCGUUUGGCGAAGCCACCAACGAAAAAUACCUCCAGGCUGAAUUUAUUGGAAGGGACAAGGACGUGUAUCAGGUUUUGCUUCGCGAGAUUGAGGAUGAAGUGGUUAGGUCGGACAGUGUCAACGAGGCCUUCUGUCCGGGUGUCGACUUGCUGCAAGAGAAGGAGGCGCUGAAGAACCGGGGCAAAGUGUUGAGCGCGGGUGUCCAGAAGAUUCAGCCGGAUUAUGCUCCGAUGAAUAGUAAAUGGAAGGAGGAAAAAGUUAGUCCUGGGAAGAAGGAAGCGGUGCUGGUCACCUGGUUUGAGAAUCCGGACAACUUUUAUUGUCAGUCGAUAGCCAAGCAGCGUGAAUUCAGGCCCAUGAUGGAAGAAAUUCAGGAUGCUUAUAGUAAACGACAGCCUGUCAGCAGUCCACUUCAGCCCGGCUCGUCUGUGAUUACAAUUUUCCCCGAAGACGGAGCUUUCUAUCGAGCCGAAAUUUUGGAGGUGACUGCCAACAGAAACUACAUUGUCCAGUAUGUAGAUUUCGGUAACAGUGCCUCAGUGGAUCAACGAAACGUGUUCCCAGUGGAGAAGAAGUACAUGUCGCUUCCGAAGCAAGCGAUUCGAUGUUCUCUAAAGAAUGUGAUUCCCGUUAGUGGAGGCAGUUGGUCGAGCGUAAACUGCAAGGAAAUCGACCGAUACUUUGACGACGACAAUCUCGAGUGCACUUACCACGAGGAGAGGAGUGACAAGUAUUUGGUUUCGCUGAGCAAAAAUGGGAAGGAGAUUGCCGAUACUCUUGUUGCAAAGAAACUGGCCCUGUCUAAUCGAGUUAGUUCUGCCCCAACUGAAUCGGUGAUUGGAGACUCCAUUACGCCGAGGUUCGACAUAAAACUUUUGCCUGCCCAAACGCUGCGUGCCAAGGUUUCCAACGUAGAAAGCGUUUCCAAGUUUUAUGUUCAAUUUUCGACGGCGGAAGAUUGCAACGAAGCGAUUUCUUCUUAUAUGACAAACAAGGAUCCAACGAUGCUCGCCCUACCAAGUCAGUUGGCUGUGAUGCAGAAUCAAGCGAUCGAGUGCAGUCUUUACAACGUGCAACCUUCUUCAACUUCUCUUAAUGAAAAGUUGAAGAAUUUGGUUGAGGACAAAGACGUGAUAAUUUACGUAGAACAAGUCGACAAUAACAGGCUCAUUGUCCAGUUGUACGAUCCAUCAGGAAUAAAAAUUCAACUGACCGAAGACGCCGCAAAAGCAAAGAUCUCUCCCGUCUGUCCAAUGCCCAUCUUGAGUUCCACUCAUCAAGUCGCUGUCUCCUACGCCAAUCACUCCAACAGUCUCUGGCUCCAGAUGCUGUCCGACACACAAAGAGACGACAAACUGCACAAGAAAAUGCGCGAAUUUUACUCGCUCGAUCGAGAGAACGUGGUGCCCGUGGUUGGGACAAUAUGUGCUCUGAAAAAUUUGGACGGAAGCUGCUGCCGUGCCACGAUUAUCCGAAAGACUGCUCAAGGUGCAUUCGUAAAUCUCAUCGAUUACGGAGUGAACGAGGAGGCUCCUCUCGACCGGCUGAAAGUCCUCGAUUCACAGUUCUAUGUGCCACAUCAGCUCGCCAUCCACGUUUCCCUAAAUGUCACUCUAGUCGGCACUCCGGCCGAACAAGCUGUCGCUCUAAAACCACAUCUCAAGUCGAAGCUCUUCACCGCGACCUUUUACAAUGUCCACAAGAAGUGGAUCGUGGAUUUGGUGGAGAACGGGGUCAAACUGAGCGAGACUUUGACCGCGCUCAAUCUGAUCAAGGCGGCAACAAAUGUCGAGGAAAUUCAAGGUGGAACUUUCAAGGCUGCAGUCACGCAUUGCGAUUCGCCAGCACAAUUCUGGCUGCAGAGAUCCGAGGACACGGCGGUUGUGCUGGAGUUGCAGGAAGAAUUGCAGAAUGCCGUGGAAAGUUAUCCAGCUGUGGACACUGUUUUGGAGGAGGGAACAAUCUGUGCUGCCAUUUUUGACGGAUUUUGGUAUCGUGCUCAGAUUAUUGACGCUGGCGACGACAUCUCGACUGUUCGAUUUAUCGACUAUGGUAAUCCCGAUGUGAUAACAAAUAAAACGGGCAAAAUCAAGGAAGUACCGGAAGAAUUGAAGGCGAGAAAGGCCUACGCAAUGAAGUGUCGAUUAAACGUUGUGCCCGGGGAUGCGGAAGACUGGAGCGAGGAGACGUGCGCGAGAUUUUCGAAUCUCGUGAUUGGCGCGGAGAAUCUCGAGACUGUUUUGAUUUCGCCAGGUGGCACCACUAGUCGGGUCGAUCUAUUUGUCGACGGCAAGAGUGUCUGCGAGAUUCUUGUUGAGGAGGGACUUGCCGCGAAAGUUGAGGACGAGGAGGACCUUGUCGAGGAAAUUAUUGAGAACGAGCUGGAUCCGCGAUCUGCCUUUAUCAGUCACAUCAAUUCGCCGAGUGAUUUCUUUGUCCAGGAGGAGAAAUCCGUGCCGGAUCUUGAGAAGAUUCAGGACAGAUUUCUGGUUGCCGAUAUGCUGCCGGAAGUCGAGGAUGCCGAGAUUGUCGAGGGUCUUGUCUGCGUGGCAAAGUACACUGAUGACAACUGGUACCGAGCUCGUGUCAUUUCGAGGAGUGAAGCUGGAACUGAAUUGCUCUUUAUCGACUAUGGAAACUUGGCGGUGUCGACGCAAAUUCGUGCAAUUCCCGACGACGUCUCGUCGAUACCGCCUCUCUCGCGAAAAUGCUCGUUGCAGUUACCGAAUUAUGUUUCCAGCUGGCCGGAUAAUGCUCUGGAGAGCUUUUGUCAACUUGCAGCUGAGGGCGCUACGAUUUUCUUGAUGGAUGUCAUCAGGGAGGGCGAAACGACAAUUGUGAAGCUGACACUUGAGAAUGAGGAUGUUGCUGAGAAGUUGGCACCUCCGCAGACUAUUUUCAUCAGUCACAUCAACUCGCCGAGUGACUUUUGGGUGCAGAAAGUUGCGGAUGUUGCCGCAAUUGACAAGGUCAAGGAGCAGCUUUUGGAAGGUGACAAUUAUACGGAAGUUCAGGCCGAGGAAGGACUGAUUUGCGCCGCUAAAUUCCCGGAUGACGAGCAGUGGUACAGAGCGAAAGUUAUCUCGCACAAUGAGAAUUCAACUCUUGUUCUCUUUAUUGAUUAUGGCAACACUUCAGUGACAAAUCAGAUUCGCGCCUUUCCCGAGGAUUUGUUGAGCUUGGCGCCAUUUGCGAGGAGGUGCAGUUUACAGCUGCCAAAUCAUGCUCAAGAGUGGCCCGAGGAUGCUUUUGACCAGUUUUGCCAACUUGCUGGCGAUGGUAUUGUUCCCUUUUUCCUCGAUGUCCUCGAGGAGAAUGAAAUCCAGGUGGUUAAUCUGAUCUGCGGGAAGGAGAGCAUCGCGGGUAAAUUGGUACCUGAAGAAACUAGAAUUACUUGCACCAGUUCCGACGUGGAAGCUAAUUUUGAAAUAGAAGCUACUUCCGAAAUAGAAGCUAGUCUUCCUCCGACGAAAGUGGACUUGAUUUCUGUCUACAUCAGUCAGUUGAGUUCGCCGAGUGAAUUCUGGAUUCAGGAGGAGAAGAAUUUCGAUGCGAUACAAAAAAUGGAGGAUUCACUUCUCGAGGCUGAUGGUUUUUCACAAUUGAAAGUUGAGGCGGGUUUGAUCUGCGCGGCCAAAUUUCCGGCCGAUUCUCUCUGGUAUAGAGCAAAGGUUUUGUCCCAGGAUGAGAGUGGAAUCACUGUCUCGUUUGUCGAUUAUGGAAAUUCGUCUGGCGUCGCCGAUGUGCGUACUCUGCCCGAUGAUGUGAAAGAUGUGGAAUUUUUGGCGAAAAGAUGCAGUCUCAAGUUGCCAGAGAAUCUUAAUCAGUGGCCGGAAGACGCUUUUAGCCAGUUUUUGGAAUUGUCUGCUGAUGGAACGACUUGUUUUGGAAUGGAUGUCCUUGAAGAAGGAGAAACUGCGGUAGUUAAUUUGUACCUUGAUGGGGAGAGCGUUGCUGAUAAAUUGACACCUGCAACUGUUGUUCCGAAUGUUCCUGAAAAGACAGAAAAAGAAGUUGUUGCUGAAAAGGAGAUUGAACUUGCAAAAGAAGCUCCGGUUUCUGAAAAUAAGACUGAACAACCAGAAGAAGUUGCUGUUUUAGAAAAGGAAAUUCUUCCAGAAGAAUGUACCCUUCCUGAAGACGUUUCUUUCGAAGCUAAUGAGGAAGAAACAGUGACAAAAUCGACUCCUGUUGAGGAAACAUUACCAAUUUCUGUAUACAUCAGUCAGUUGACAUCGCCGAGUGAGUUUUGGGUUCAGGAGGAAAAUAUUUUCGGUGAACUGCAAAAUAUGGAGGAUUCGCUUGUCGAAGCUGAUGGUUUUCCACAAUUGAAAGUUGAGGCGGGUUUGAUCUGCGCGGCCAAGUUUCCGGCCGAUUCUCUCUGGUAUAGAGCAAAGGUUUUGUCCCAGGAUGAGAGUGGAAUCACUGUCUCGUUUGUCGAUUAUGGAAAUUCGUCUGUUGUCACGGAUGUGCGAACUCUGCCCGAAAAUGUGAAAGCCGUGCCUGCCUUGGCGAAAAAAUGCAGUCUCAAGUUACCGGAGAAUAUCAAUCAGUGGCCGGACGAUGCUUUCUGGCAGUUUUUACAAUUGUCUGCUGAUGGUACCACUUGUUUUGCGAUGAAGGUCCUUGAGGAGGGAGAAACUGCGCUGGUUAGAUUGCAUCUUGAUGGGGAAAAUGUUGCUGAUAAAUUGGUACCUUUGGCAUCCCAAGGAGUUGCCGAAAAGCAGAAUGUUCCUGAAACUGAUGUUCCAGAAGUUGCUUUUUUAGAAGAGGAAGCCGAAAAUACCAGGCCGAAACUGGAUUCCGUUUCUGUCUACAUCAGUCAUCUCAAUUCGCCCAAGGAAUUUUGGGUGCAAGAAGAAGAAUCUGCUUCUAAACUUGAAGAAAUUGAGAAAAUGCUUGCGAAUAGUGACGAAUUUCCGCGAGUCGUGGAAGUAAAGGAAGGUUUGUUCUGUGCAGCUCAAUUCCCGGACGAUUCUUUGUGGUACAGAGCAAAGGUUGUUUCGCACAAUGAUAAUGAAACAUCCGUAUGCUUUACUGAUUACGGAAAUCCAUCGCUUGUCACGGAAUUGCGGAUUUUGCCGAAAGAGGUUGAUGAAAUCUCACCUUUGGCGAAAAGGUGCUCGCUCAAACUGCCAGAGGAUCUGAACGAGUGGCCCGAAGAAAGUUGCGAUGAAUUUUUGAAAUUAUCGACUGAUGGCACCAGUCUUUUUAUGAUGAGUGUCCUCGAGGAUGGAGAACCGCUUGUCGUUGAUUUGACGUUUGAGGGUGAAAGUGUAGCUGAUAAAUUGAUAGCGUCUGUAGAACGAAAACUCGCCGAAAAAGAAAAUGCUGUGAUUGGAGAUGAGGAGGAGAAAUGGGAAACUGGAGUGAAAGAUGAGACCAAAGUGGUGGCUGGUGAUGCUGAAAAGAUGCGGGUCUGCAAUGUUGUUUCGGCGAGUAAAUUCUGGGGUCAAGUUGGAAAUGAUCCAAUGAAUGUAGAAGCGGAAGUUUCGCAGGCUGAGAAAAAGUGGCUUCCACUGGAUGAUGUGAUAGAAGAUAUGCUUUGCGCUGCUAAAUUGAACGGCGAAUGGCAACGUGCUCGUGUGAAAUCGGUCGACAACGGAAACGUCGAAGUUUUCCUCAUCGACCAAGGCUAUACUGUCCUCUGCACCGAAUUCCGCGAGCUGCCUUCAGAUUUGGCCUCAGUACCUCCCCUGUCUAGAAAAUACUCUCUCAAAUUACCGGAAGGCGUGGAAGAAUGGAGUCCAGCAGCUACAGCCGCCUUCUCUGCAUACAGCGGAACUUGCUUCUCUUUCGAAAUUCUCGAGGAAGCGGAAGUUCCAGUGGUCAGACUUUUUCAUCAAGGCGAAGACAUUGUCAAGAUUUUGUCUCCACUUUGGAAAAAAGCCGCCGAAGAACCAACAACCGGGAGCGAAGAUUCCCAAGAAGAGUUCAAACCUGCGAAAGAAUUAUCCGAGAAAGAAUUAUCCGAGAAAGAAUUAUCCGAGAAAGAAUUAUCCGAGAAAGAAUUAUCCGAGAAAGAAUUAUCCGAGAAAGAAUUAUCCGAGAAAGAAUUAUCCGAGAAAGAAUUAUCCGAGAAAGAAUUAUCCGAGAAAGAAUUAUCCGAGAAAGAAUUAUCCGAGAAAGAAUUGCCCGAGAAGGAGAAGCAGAUCCUGGAAUCUUCAGACAGUAGUUCUUUUCACUCUGCUGAAGAAAAUUCCCCGGAAAAAGAAUUAACGAACGGAGAUAGUGCGGAAAAAGUGAUUAGCGAGCCUGAAGAAAAUAUAAUAUCAGCGCGUCCCGAUGAUCAAGUGCCAAAGACACCGAGUGUGGAGAAAAUAGUUCCGGGUAGCGUGAGUCGGGGACUCUCCGAGACGGAAAUGAUACACGAGAGCAUCGAGAGAUGCAGUUCGGUCCCUCCCGAGGAGAAAAUAGUUCCAGGAAGUAUCGCGAGAGGUGACGAUCUACCCGAUAGCGAAUCUGAUUCAUCAUCAUCAUUGAAUGAAUCGGAACCGAUAAGAAAGUCUGAAUCCGCGGCAGAAAUGAUUCCACUGCCGACAACUCCAAAGAUUUCGUAUGAUGAGAGGAUUGUCGCGGCUGCUGUUUCAAGCGGAGAAUCGCCAGUUGUGACGAGCCGACCACUCACGCCAAAGAUGCCUCACUCGGAGAAAAUUGUCGCGGGUGUUGUCAAUCUUCAAGAGCAGCAGUUUCUCGAAUCUGAAGUCGAUGAAGUUCUCGAGGUUCAUGUGCAGGAUGAGGAACAUUCCUAAAUACGAGUAGUUAUUCUAGAUCUGCCAGGUAAUGAUUUCCAAUGGGCACAAAAAUUUGACGACAUUGUUACGACAUUAUUAUGACAUUGUUACGACACAUGCAUAGGAUGUCGUAAAGAUGUCGCCAAAUUUUUGUGCCCACUGGGGGUUUUUUUUUUUCUACUUGGUUAUAAACCAGAGGCGCAAUUUUAUUUGAUAUUUAUCAUCAUCAUCAUCAGUAGUUUCAUAAAUCGAGAAUUUAAUAAUACAAUUUUUAUUUUCAUGUUUGGACACGUAUGAACCAAAGAUUGACAAUGUUUUCCAUCCCUCAUACACAUAUAUGCAUAACCGCGAAACUCAUUUUUUAAAGUGUUAUCUAUCUACUUCUUCUCAUCUUGAUUAUACUAUUAUUAUUAUUUUUUUUUUUUUUAUUAUUAUUGCAGCCUUUCUCUCUAUCGCUUUUGCCAUAUAAGUUUCUCUCGAAUAUUAUGCGCACGCGUUAAAACAAAUGCCCGGUGCAUUUUGUAUUAUUAUUAUUUAUUGAACAGAAUAUAGAGUAGCUGUGUGAAGAGCCUUAAAAUGAGGAAUUAAGGUCGAUGGUUGCUUUUCGGUGAAAAUGAGAACGAAAGACUCAAGUGACUGUUUUGUGUACUUUACUUUGAUUUUAGUGAGAAAUCAAUGUAUCGUGCACACAAGUAGAUUCUUUGAUUAUUAUUAUUAUUAUUAUUAUUAUUAUUAUUAUUAUUAUUAGAAUUUAUUAGAGUCGUUCUAUAUUCUAAUUUUUGGUUAAUUCUAGUGAGUAAAUAAGUACAAUGAGUUGAUAAUUAUAAAUGUAGAUUGUUGCUUGAAAGCGUGUGAUUAAGAUGAAGUGUUUGAAAAAUUGUUUAUAAAAUCUAAAGAGAAAAGCUACAUAUAUAUUUUUAAAAACGAAGAAGAUGGUACAUAGAAUGUAAAUUAAGUGCCAUAAUUUGCACUUAACUUUUUUUUUGUCUAUCCAUAGUAUAAAUAAGAACAUUAAUGAGAGUGAGUGAGUUAUAAAGGCUUUGAAUAUUGUACGUGUAGAUUAUUUGUAAGCUGUUAAAAAGAGAUCAUUUUUUUCUAAUAAACUUUGUAAUACAUA